AGCGACGGUCACAGCACAGCACAGCACAGGAGCACGUUGCAGUACCGAGAUCUCUUAACCGAACCGGAGACGUAGGCUACGUAGCACGGAGCAGCUGACUUGGAAAAGCAGGCGCUAUAAUUUUCCCACCGUGGCUGCGUCGAGAGAACUCGGCCAAAAAGUGGGUUGCUUUAAAGACCACCACGGUAUUUGGAGUCGACACAUUGUAGGCUAUCACACCACUUCCGACUUGUUUGAAGAUAACCCACUUAUCUUUCCUUCGCAACACUGAAGUUCUCGGCUUUCACAUGAUGUACACUAUUACUAGAGGUCCCAGUAAACUUGUUACACAGCGCAGGACAGGUGAGCAUCAAUUAUGUAUUUUUUUAUUCUCCAAUCCAAUUAUGUAUUGCCUAUAUUAUUGAUAUUAUCGAUAAAAGCCUUCGAGUCAUGUCAAUAAAGCAGUUGUGCACUUUUCAAAACCUAUAUCAUGAACAUGGAACUGUGUUUAAUUGAACCUAGGCCUAUAUGUUACAUUCGAUUAGAUCUGUCGGAUUCAAAAGCAUAUUUUAAUGACAAGCAUACAUGUUGUGAUCAGUGCAACAUUGCUAUUCUAUUUCCAUUUCAGGUCCCACGCAGCAAAUUGAGAAUAAAACCAACGACUUGAAGCUCAAACCGACCCCCUGGUUAUCCUCAAAGUAAGUUGCCAUAUUGCAUUACUUUAGGCCUAUCAUUUAUCAUAAUCAUAUCAAGAAGCGCGAGCAAACCAGUCAGCUGAAGAUUCCAUGGUAUGUGUGUGGCGUAUAGUGGAAAAACAUGAUCAUGUAACGUUGUUUCCACUAUCAUUUUUGUAGUACGUCACGAUUCACGGAAUUUAAUCUUAGAACGUUCGUUAUCCUGUAUUUUACUGCAAUAUAGUAUCGAUACACCGAGAAGCUACAUUGUGUCGUUGAAGUGUCAUUGCAACGUUUUCUCCAUUCUUCGGAAACGGUCUGACCUUGCGAGGUUAGCUGACAGGCUUGCUGGCUAGCAGCGCGUGCUAACUUUGUCCAUUUGUUUAUUGUCCAAACGCAGUAGAGAAACAUUGCACCAUUUUUGAACAGCCGUUCGAACGUGGGGAAUCGGUCAGUGGUUACAUUGUAGCCAGUGUAGAACUAUGGGCAACAUAAGAACGUAGCAUGCGUUCAAAGUAGAAUAUGCCUCGCGCGGUCUGUAAGGACACACGGUUAAGUUUAGCAAUGGGGCAUUUGGUUGAGUAAGCAAGCAUUUUGCCCUGUCAUAUACGUUGGUAUAUUUUCAAUACAGGAUCAAAUGCAUUCAUACAAUGUAGCCUAAUGCACGCGUGUUACAUAAUGCCAUAGUCAUUCAAUCGUUUCCUGGGAAUCACUCCGCACAGACUUUUAUAAUCCGUCUCUGUUGUCUCCAUAGCAACGUCAUUGUGUACGGAAGUAGGUACAGCGGAUUCCCACCAAUCCUUACAUUUCUAUGGUAGCAGAGUGGGCAUGACAUGCUAUCUGGGGAGAAGAGAAUUCCUGAAUAUUAUAGACACCACCACUGAACCUCUAGGCUAGAUAUGCAAAGUACUAAAUGCAAAGUAAAUUGUAUCAGUAUAUGUACUUAUCUAUCCAGUGCAGUUGGGACAGCGGUCGGUUGUGAGUGAAUGUAUCAAUGUCCUCUAUGUUUUUAGUGUAUGCAGCAUGAUGGACAGACUGGUUUAAAUAUGUAUCUGAUCCUUUUAAUGGAAGGUGAUGCCAACAAAAAAAAGUCCAUCCUGGAUGGACAAUAAAGUUUUAUUCUAUUAAAAAAUAAAUAGUCCUUUUGGGUUUUAUGGAAAAAGUAUAAUCUAGUGCCCAGCAUAUACAUUUCUGAAGCAAGACCAGCUAUUCCAGAGGUGUACACAAUGAGAUUUCACACACUGUUACUGAUUCAGAACAUGCUUAAUUACCGUAAUUUUCUAUCUGUCGUCUAGCUCUCCAGCUCCUAAGAUAGUGUUUAAUCGCCUGAACGGGAAGCGAUACCACACUGCAGCCACACAGAAGGAAGACACUCCAUCUGCAGGCUUCACCCCCGCUCAUGAAGAGAAUGUCCGAUUUGUGUACGAAGGUGAGACUCAUUGACUACUAGACAGAUGAGACGUUAUCCAUUUUUCUCAUGCACAGAGCCAUGGACUCACACUCAUUCACACAGUAUAAGGCUUUCAUCCUGACGAUAUAAGGAGUAUUGUAGAUGCUCAAAUAUGCAAUUUGAAGGUUAUUAAUGAGCUAUACUAAGUUGUUUUAUGCAUACACAUUCCAGUUCACAUCAUUUGAAUGGAAGGCCAUUGUAGCUGACUAACAUCUUGACCAGCAGCAUUUUACAUUUUAGUCAUUUAGCAGACGCUCUUAUCCAGAGCGACUUACAGGAGCAAUUAGGGUUAAGUGCCUUGCUCAAGGGCACAUCGACAGAUUUUUCACCUAGUUGGCUCGGGGAUUAGAACCAGCAACCUUUCGGUUACUAGCACAACGCUCUUAACCACUAAGCUACCUGCAUUCAAAUCACUGCAUUUGAGGACUAGACUACCUAAUGCAUGAGGAGAAUAGACACUAAAGCAAACAGGGGAUGUGAAUAUAUAGAAGAGAGAUGGAUAUAUGGAGGUAUAGAAGAGAGAGCGAGAGAACCAAGUGGAGUUUAGGCCUACACAUGAAAGCAAACAGGGAGGAUAAAAGAUGGUGAAGAGAGAGAGAGAAAUAACCACAUGACCUCAUUCAAAAUAAUAAUUGGACCAUACAUUCUAAGUGGUUGAUGGCUACAAUAAUCCACAUAGUUUAAAUGAUGUAAUCAAGUGCAAAAGUCGAGGCAUUCCUUCUGACACAGUUUGGGUAUAGUUUGUUAAAAAUCCUCAAACCAUAGAGAAGGUAAAUGGUUAGAUUACUUAAAUUUGUGUGUUUUGGGUAUAUGUUGUGAAAUUGUUAGAUAUUACUUGUUAGAUAUACUGCACUGUCAGAGCUAGAAACACAAGCAUUUUGCUACACCCGCAAUAACAUCUGCUAAACACAUGUAUGUGACCAAUACGAUUUGAUUUGGUUGAUGGAAAUAUUUGAGUGCUUUAUCGAAGUGAUCAAGUACAUAAGUGGAGACAUUCUUUCUGACACAGUUUGGGAUAGUUUGUUCUAUACUUUCAGCCUGCUCUGAUGAAGACAUGACUUGUAGCAGAAUGGAAAAGACUCAGCAUGACCUGUUCUGUUGUUCUUGGAGCACUGCUCAAUAUUAACGGUCAGAAGGAAGUUCUGGGCAUCCCGUUUGUUUUUAUAAAACAUCUUACAGAGCACAGCUCUACUCAUUUAAAGAAAGUAUUUGACUCCGUUGCCAAUGCAAACAACUAUAUUGUAGUGCGUGAAAUAGUCAAGUUCAGUCACUGUGUUAUAAAGUGAUAUCGGUUGUCAAUGAAACCAUGAAAACACUACCAAGUAAUGUGAGUAAGGUGAAACUCCUUUACACUUUGCACUUCAGUGAGCUUGGUUUUAUUUUUGUACAUUUACAUUCAAAUGCUUUUCACAGAGAUGUAUACAGUCAACACACUGAAUUUGAAAGUGUAAGGGGUGUGUUUUAACUCCAUACUGAAACACACAACCUCCAGUCUUAUCUCAACUCCUUCUAGUAGUGUGGCUGAUGCAAUGUACUGUAGUUCUGGCCUGGUCCACUCGAGUACACAUGGUUGGCUGUAUCAUUUGAAUUUGGAGCAUAAGCAAGGUUACACCUCUAGAGGAAUAGUUUAUUUAAAAUAAAAAUUAUAAUAAUAAUUUAUGUAAAAGAGGAAAACGUGAACCCCCAGUUUCAUAGCUGUGGGAAGUUGUGGUGCGAAGGGUGCUGCAGCAGCCCAUGAUACUGUAAGAUCGCAAUAAUUUAUUUAUAUUUGUAUAAACAGCACCCCCAACCCAAAACAUCUUCCUGCGGCCAUGCCCAGUUUGUUUCAUGUAGUCAUAGGCUGCAUGUUUUUCUACAACUACCUAGGAAGUGCAGCCUAACACGCAUGGAAAAAGUUAUUUGCUGUAACAUGUAUCUUCAGUUAGUGUCUGUGUAUUAAUGCCCCUGUAUAUUCUCUCUCCCCUCUGCAGCAUGGCAGGAGAUAGAGCAGCAGCUGGCAGGAGAUGGAGAGGGCAGUGUGGAGCCUGCUGCUGUGUGUGGCCAGGGCCCCGUGCAGUACGCAGAGAAGACCCCCAGUACCACAAUGAAGAGUGAGUAUCUAGGCCUUAUUCACUAGCCGCCAUCUUGUUUAAUCAGCCUCCAUCUUGCUCUACUGAAGAUAUUUGGGAGAGGCUGUACACUACAGUCUACCUCUACUUCCUAUGUCAUUACAUCCAAUUAUGUGAUGCCCAGGGCCUGUAUUCACAAUGCUCCUCAGAGUAAGAGUGCUGAUCUAGGAUCUGGUCCCCUCUGUCCAUACAAUCUUAUUCAUUAUGAUCUAAAAUACCAAAACGGAUCCUAGAUCAGCACUCCUACUCAUUCUCCACUUUGUCAUGGUCUUAACCCUCUAUUUUAGUGUAUUUCUGUCUAGUCAUAUAAACGUCUGUCUCGGAACUGUCUAAACAAACACAGCAGGCUAAGCAUUUUUUUGGCUCUGUCUUAUCUGCAGCUAGAUAGAGAGGAGAGGUCGCAAGGCAAGCUUUCGUUUUAAUGUUUAACUCUCUGGUCUAUGAACAACUACCAUUCUCUCACCUUGGAUAAACUGGUGCACCUGCUGGUUGCUGAUUUUCAAAAGUUUUACACAACCUGUUCAGUCCUGUUCAGUUUGUAGGUCACUGGACAGUUACUUAACAGUAGAUGGACAGUACUGUAGUGUUUGAGGUUACAGAGAGAGAAAGAGUGAGGAGUUUGAAGUACAACUGUAAUAUCUCAAUAAGCAAAACUCUCAGAUACGGUUUUCUCCCUUUUCUCACACUAUUGCCUCUCCUUCUCUCUAUGCAGACUUGUGCUCAGGAUGUGUAGACUGUUAUGUGAGAUGCAGACAGGGUGUGUAGACUUGUGAGAUUCAGACUGAGGUACCAUAAUAGUAAUGUUCUCUCAUUAGCACCUAUUCCCUGUCUCCUUACAGACUUUGUGCCCAUAGACCUGGAGGAGUGGUGGGCCCAGCGUUUCCUGGCCAACAUCGCUAACCUGUCGUGACGGGACAGGAAGAGAAGGAGUAACCAGGGAGGAGAAGGGACAGGAGGUGCUGACUGGCGAGGAAGCCACAUGGGCCAAGCUGUGAUCAGAAGAAGCGGCGCAGGAGGGGUGGAGAGAGGACAUUCUGGUUCUGAAGCUGCAGUUUAGUGGGCUUCCUGUAUUUUGUACCUAGUAUUUUGGGUACAAAGGCAUACUGAUAUCUGCACCGUGCUAGGGGAGUGUGUGACACGCACUGCUUUCCCCGAAUGGUCCUGAAGCUAUUAACUUUUAGACUGAACGCUCCACCUCCAAGGAAAGUGGCUGUUCCUGAUUGGCUAAUCAACCAGAAGAACCAAUUAAUGAAGAGGAUCUGUGAUUUUUCUUCUGCUUGUGUUUUCUUUUUAAUAAGUACCUCACUGCCCCCCAACAUAACUUGUGCUCAGAUUGAAAAGUCUUUCUUGGCUGGUCUUUGGAGAAAAACAAAAGAAAAACAGUAAAAUAUUUUUUACAA